UUUGUUUCAAAUUUACGUUCAUUAUUUAUUUCGAAACCAAAUAAUUUCGGUUCAAUCGAUUUUUUACGUUUAUUAAUGCUAUUUGAAACAAUAUUUAUGCAUACAUAUUAUAUUGGUAUAUUGAUGCCCGGUAUGGCAAUACAGAAAAAAUUAUUAACUGGAUUAGCAUCGAAAACAUUACGAGAAAAACAAUAUGGAUUUUUACGAAAUUUUCAUAAUACAGAUUUUUUCUUUGCUCUAAGUGGACUAUUAUUGACAUAUACGACAUUAAAAUUCUUGAGAAAAAAUGGAGGAAAAUUUAAUUUUUUACAGUUUGCCAUCAACAUAUAUUUACGCUUUUAUCCAACAAUUUUCGGUGUAAUUCUUCUCUACUAUCUUCUGCCAUUAGUGGAUCAUGGACCAUUCUGGCAUCAUAUGGAUCAACAUUUUGUAUAUGCAUGUCGUCAUCAAUUGAUAUCCAGUAUGCUAAGUUAUAAUUUCUAUGAUAUUGAUUUGGAAUUUUUACAAAAUCAUAGUUUCUGUAAUUUGGCAACUUGGUGGGCAAAUUCUUGUUUUCAUCUAAUGCUUUUAUCUCCAUUGAUUCUAUUGCCAUUAUACCGUUUUAAAAGUCCAAUAAUAUCGAUAUUUUUUCUCAUUAUAUCAAUUAUUGUUGGAUGUUUAAUUAGUAUCAGUCAUCUUAUAUUUUAUGGAAGUCCAUAUGCAAAUCAAUGGUCAAAGAUGGAUUCAUUUAUUUAUGAAUCACUUUAUACAAUAUAUUAUACAUGGCCAUUUAUACAUCAUAUUUCAGCAUUUAUAUUCGGAAUACUUGUAGGUUAUUUAAUUCUUGAUUAUCCAAAAAUCUAUCUUGGUGGAAAAAUUGGUGAAUGUAUUUUAACAAUUGUUUUUGUAACAUUAUCGAUUGUUGGAUUUCAAUGGACACAUACAUUACAUAAGACACCAUCUAAUCUAGCUAAAUUAUUAACAACAUCGGCAUCAGAUUUGGAAAUCUAUUUAAACAUAACAAUAGGUAAACUAUUAUGGUGUUCAGGAUUUAUGUGGAUUUUUUAUUUAUGUUGCACUAAACGAGAAUUUUGGUCAAAAUUAUUCAAUUUUCCAUCACUUCGUCCAUUAUACAAUUUAUCAUUACAAAUUUAUCUGAUAAAUUUAAUACCCGCUAUAUGGCUAACAUUUCGAACUAAAGAUACAAUCGAUUUUGAUGAUAUGUUUAUGUUUCAACAAACAAUAUGCAAUAUUUUUAUCACAACCAUAUUAUCAUUUUUGGUACAUCUUUUGUUUGAUAAACCUGUGCAGAAUAUUUUACGAAUUCUUCUAAUAAAAUAAUCAAUAAUACAAUCAACCAAA